CCUUCUCUCGGUGGGAAUGUGAGAGUCACGUGAGCGUUCCUUGGGCUCCGGAUUGGUUUAGACAAAGAUGGUGCUGGGAGGAGGAGGAGGAGGAGGAGAGUUGGCGUAAUGUGAAAAGGUGGCAAUCAGUCAGGAAAAUCAUGUGGAAUAUGAGUACAGUAUAUGAAUAGGUAUUGCAGAUAAGGACAGUAGCAGUGAAUAGAAUCUUAUUUGAUAUGCUUUGCCCUGAGGACAAUACUGAUGAUGAACAAGAAGACUUGCCUUAUGAUGGGGACAUGCAGAGUAGUUAUCAACACAUCUGUGAUUCACAAAACCUGCAAGAUUUCCUUUCUACAGAAAAUGCCUCUCAGAGAGCUUUCACUUUGACAUCUUCCCAUCUUCCCGUCUAUUCAAAAGAAAGUGCAGACUGCAAAACUCAGCUGCCUUUGAGGGAGAAAAAUUUGGCAAUGUUGCUGAGCAAGAAUGACACCAAAUGUCCCCCAACCACAGAGAAAGAAGUUUGGAACUUUGUCCAUUCUGGAAGAAAUCAACAUACCUCUAAGUCAAAAAUUCCAGAUGUUCUUUUACGCCAUUUCCCCCAAGAGGGAUUAUCCCACUCAUGCCAAUUAAUUGAUUCUGAGACUAUCCCAGAAAUAUCAUUUACUGAAAGUUUUGAUGAAACUAUUGUAAAUAAUACAAAGAUUUCAGAAAGGACAAGGAUAUCUUCACUGGUGGCAGAAGAAAAAAAUAACUUUGAACAAGAAUUAACAUGUCAACCGAUUGACAAAAACUGGGAUUCAAUCCAAGUCAAAGUAAUGAAUAAGACCCCUAACCUCGGUGGUGAAAGAAAAGGCUGUGAAGAAUAUAAUCCAGAAUUUAUAACUCAGGAGGAACACACAAUUAAUGAAGAGUUAAAUUUUAUCUCAACCUCAAAAGAAGAAGACCAAAACCAAAAGUUUUUUAUGGAGACAACUGGAUCCUGUCCUGAUCACAGACAUGUUCAACGUCAGGUACACUACCGGCUUCCUGAUUUCUCUAAGGUUCCUCCAAAGGUGAAAAUACCGAAAAGAAAUAACAUCAACAACCAAACUCCUGUAAUUAAAAAAAUUAAAUCAUCCCCAGAUUUGCUUGGUAAAUCAGCAGUUGUGAAAGGUGUACUAGAAGCAAUGAACUCUUUGGAAUCUUUUGCAGCCAAGAAUCAAGAAGAGGAAAUGAGGAUGGUUGAACUUGACCAACAGCUAGAGAUGCUGACAAAACAAGCAGAAGCUCAGAAUCAUAUUGAUAAUCUAAGGUUUAACACUAAGACAACCCCUGGCGUUAAAGGACAAGGUACUGAAAGAACCUCUGAAUGGUCUACCGUUCUGCCUGUAACUGUCCCUGUGAAGCCCAUGUUUAAUUUCUCCCAGUCACCUCUUCCAGAACCACAAUCUGGAAGAAUGACCUCAACCUCCCCCUUAGAUGAUGGAGCAGCUCAAGCAUCUGUGAAUCCCCCUACAUGGCAAAAAGUAGCAGAAGAAGAAACACUUUCUCAGAUCUUAAAGGAACAGACACAAGAGUUGAAAACUAAAGUGGAAACCUUUUCUAAAUGCGUGGCACAAGAUGUAUUACCUGCACAAGAAUGCCAUCAGCUUUUGAGGCUUUUAAAAGAACAACUCAGUCAACUGGAGCAGAAUUACUUCGCAACAAAGGAGAAGCACUGUUGUUUACAACUCCAAAAUUACAAGUAUUCACCAAAAAACAUUGUAGCAUUUGAUCCUGAAAGAAAAGUUGAAGGAGAAAUAUUUAAGCUUGAGAUGCUUCUUGAAGAUAUUAAAGAGAAAAUCGAUGAGACAUGCAAUCCUCCAUCCUCAACUUUUGCAACCUUGUCUUCUUUCACACCCUGUGAAUCUGUGCCGUCUCCCUAUUCACGCUGUUCUGAGAGUCCCAUGAUUUCAAGCAUUAAUGAGUCUUCACAAAACAGUUCCAUGGGAGUGAAUGUUUUUAAGAAUGAGAAUUCUGGGAAGAAUAGAAGCCAUUGUAUAGAGGUGAUCCCACAGAGAGUAUAUCAGCAACCUAGCCAAGGUGACCUAUGUUAUCCCGUCCAUCAGGACCAGCCUGAACUACAAAACAAAAAUGCCUAUGAGAAAAUAGUGAAGCCUCUGGAAAAUUCUGGGCUGCUAAUAAAUAAGCAAUAUAUCCAUCACCGUAUGUUUUCACCAGAUCAAAAGGCUGGAGUGCUUGAGUACCACAGGCCACUGACAUUAGCUCAGAAUAACAGUAACCAAGAAGACAGAGAUGGGAAUUUAAGCUAUUGGGAAAUGAGAUCUCCACCUCCAGUCAAUCCCUGCAAUACCAACAACCCGGAAUCCAAUACCGCAGGUUUCACUCUUUCAAAAGGCCAAGGAAACUUAUCUUGUCCUACAGAUCACCGUUUUCUUGAAGGACUGGGAAAUUCUUCAAAAGAACAUAAUAUUAUUAUACAUCCUAGACUGAAAAUACAGUUAUCGAGUAAACAAAUGUGUUCCUGUUCUUCCAGUAGAAGUAAAAAAGUGGAGUACAAAAAAAUAAAUAGACGAAAAUUAGACUGUGAGAGAUUUUCAGUCUUCUUAGAUGGAAAAGCAACAGAUACAGAUUUAUCAGGUAGUGACUCCGAAGACACUUCAAUUUUUGACCUUCUAGACAGCUCAAAUAGUGGAGAAUGCCUGGAACAGAAGAUGAAGAGUCAUGGAUUAUGGACAACAGGACAGGACAAACAAAAUUAUGCAUCUUUACACAAGACAGAUGUGGCCUUUCAAAGGAUUUCUGCACAUAAACAGCCAGAAGAGUUUAUAGACAGACUGUGUGAUAGGCAAAAUCUACCCAUUCCCCAAACCCGCUAUUCAAGAAUGUACGAUACCAUUAUCCUUUCACCACAGUACCUCAGUCGCAGGCACAUCCAUGGAGGGAGGUCAGCAAGUAAUCUGAGAAACAGACAUGGUGAGGACACUGAUGCAAAGGGGAAAAAAUCCAGUUCCUUUAAACCAAGGUGUUCCAGAGCUGUCAGAUAUAUUCUGACUGGCAAAUACUGUUGAAAACAUGCUGACAGCCAGAAACGUCUUCUGCAUAAACGUAUGUAUAAACUGCUGAAAUUAUGCACAUGCUGAUAAAAGAGAAUAUGCCAAAAAAAUAAAAAAGAACCACUUUUCUGGGAAAACCUCUAAAUCACUGCAUAUUUCUUCCCAACUCUAAUCAUAGUAACAGGUACAUGAUCUAGCUAAACACUGAAUGAGCACAGUGGGAGACAACCAAUAUUUGAAAUUUGGGCUAGCAGGCAAUUCAAUGAGAAGACAAAAAAGCACCUCUAUACUUCCCAGUAUAUAAUGUAGGUUUCUCUCUCUAUUUAAUGUACAUCCUGUCUUUCUCUCAGAACUGGGACCUAAGGAAGCUGACAUGAUUUUUUAAAAAUUACAUUUGUCCACGUACAUAUGUGAAGAACGUGCAAAAAGAUGCAUUUAACUUUCAGUAAAUACUGUAUGUUGAAACUGAAAGGUGGCUCUUACCCACUUACAAGGGGCAAA